AGAUCAGGGUGUUUGGACCCCGUGGAUUCUGACCCUGGAUUCCACCUCCGGGGAGUCAGGAGCAGAGGAGCUGGGCCAGGAGGCUUGUCUGCGUUUGUCAGUCACUACCUCAGGUGACCUACAAAGGGCUGGUUCAUGACGGAGAAACAGGAACACCCCGGUCCAUGCUAGACCAGAAUGACACCGCGUUCCAGCUUCAGCCUUCUGCUCGGAGUGCUAGGCAUCUUUGCACUUGGCCACUUCACAGAAGGUCAGAACAGCACACUGAUUUCCACAGAGGGAAAUAGCAUUCGCAACUGCAGCUGCCCCAUAGACAUCAGGGACUGUGACUACAGCUUGGCCAACUCAGUGUGCAGCUGUAAGUCUAUCCUGCCUUUUGCCUUGGAGCCAACCAGCUAUCAUGGCCAUUUGACCAUCUGGUUCACAGAUGUAUCCACGCUGGGUCACCUGCUCAAGUUCACACUGGUCCAGGACUUGAAACUUUCCCUAUGUGGUCCCGACACCUUCCCCACCAAGUACCUGGCUAUCUGCGGGCUGAAGAGGCUUUGCAUCCGUACGGAGGCCAGGCACCCCUCCCGGGAGCAGAGUCUGCUCAUCCACAACAGGAGGGAAGGCAGCUCCUUGUACGAAGGCUGGCAGGCCUAUGUGUUCAUCUCAUUCUUAGAUGUGGCUCUUUUCAACAGGGACUCGUCUUUAAGGUCAUACAGUAUCGACAACAUCUCUAGCCUCACCAGGGACUUUCCUGAUUUUUCUUACUUUAAAACAUCCCCAAUGCCAAACAACAGAAGCUAUGUUGUCACAGUUAUUUACUAGCAUCCUGUGUCCAUCCACCAGGAACUCUGGGAAAAAAAAUGGAACAUCUGAACAGGAAUCUGGGAAUAAGGUCAUAAAACAGUUGUCCCUAUUCCUUCUCUUGGCCUCCAUUUAUAACAAAGCCACACCUAAGAACAGCCAGUUCUCUCUGUCCCACUUAAGAGCAAUUUGACUCCUGAACUGUCCCAAGGGCUAGCUGGAAGCUAGGUCUUUGCAACUGGUAGCCUGCAGAGAAAGGGACUAGUUAUUGGAGCUCAGUGUAGUCAUGGCCCCAAGGAGGGGAUCUUCUUUCUGAGUGCAGUAAUUCUGCCUUACCUGUGUGGGUGCAUUCCAAGACCCCAGGACACCUGAAUGAGCAAACAAUACUAAACCCUAUGCACAGUGUAUUUUUCCUACAGAGACUUUUGACAAAAAUCUAACUUAUAAAUUAAGAUCGCUGUGGGAUUAAGGAAAACUGUAACAUACUGUAAGAAAGUUGUGCACGCAUGCUUGUCCACACUGUUACACCAUGCGCACUUCCCGUGACGAUGAGGACGACUCUCUUUGGCAUAGCCCCAUUUCCAGCAUGCUCUUCACAUGAUGGCUGCUAUGGAAUAAAUCACAGGUUUCUUGGAUGGUACCUGCUGUGGCAGUCAGAGACCAGUCACUAAGGGGCUGAUAGGUGGUGGUGUUAUUUGGUGUUUACAGGACUCAGCGGAUGACUCAGGCCCCAGGUGGAAUCAAGCAGGGCCACAUUCCUCACACUCCUCAGAACACCUUGAAGUUUAAAACUUCUGAUUUAUAUGUGAAACUGCACAGCGGGAACCCAAUGUGGAUUCUUUCUUUUCAUUUUGUGACAUGGUCUAGAACUCCUGACCAGGGGAAGUUCUUCCCUGGUCGUCUUCUCUUUCACAGAGCAGCGGCAAGGAUCUUUGCACCUUCCAUUUCCUCCGCAUCUGUCCGCUCACCUUCAUUCCCUCCAUCCCCCCUCGUGUCUUAUCAUUCGCCCCCCAUCCCCCUCCCUCCUGCUCCUGGAUUCAGAACUUAGAAAGCCCUCAGUAGAAUUGGUAAGCCACAGGAGGGCUAGCUGGGGAACCUAACAAUCACUUCAAACUCUGUGCUUUUGGUCCCUAUUCCAUCUGGAAUUUUAAGAAGAGAAAGUUACUUCAUAGGAAGUAGUUAACACAAAAUUGUAUUAUACGUAUUGAUGAAAAGAACCAAGGCAAUUAUUAAAUUGUUCACCAUUACACAAAGAAAAGAUCCCCCCAUAAUAAAGACCAAAUUUACCAUUAAUGUCAAUAUUUUUAAAGCCCAUGUGAGGAGGAGGGAGUGAGAAGGAGGUAGAGAUGGCUCAGAGCUCGAGAGGACUUGCUGUCCCUCCGGGGCCCGAGCUCCUCACCCAGCGCCUGCGUUGCUUUGCUCAUCGCCAUCUGCAGCUCCAGCUCAGAUCUAAGCCUCCCGAGGAAGCUCUUCUCUGGCCUUCACAGGAACCUGUACAUACACGGUACACACACCACAUGUAUGAACAAAACCCAAAACUGAAGUGUAAACUCAUGCCGGCUGUGGUACAAAUGUCUAAGAAUAAAACGAAGUGGAAGCACUAUUGAUUCACGAUAACCAAGAUGGUAAGAAAUAAUUUUAUUGUAAAAGCACAGGUUAGUCAUGCCAUAUUUUUAUCUUAAUAUGACUGUAUUUGCAUAACUGGCAGGGGAUUUGGUCAUUCUGACUAAUUAACUUGGGUCUACAGUGUCAGUAUUUAAAUUAGGCCAAAAAAACGACAUCCAAACAAUGAAUUUUAAUAGAAAAUGUAAUGGCCUCAUUACUGAUACGGUUCAGAGGUUAAAGUGAGAAAAAGACAAGGAAUUGGGGGAAAAGAGAAAGCAAGGAAGAUGUAAAUCAAAGAUAAAUGGUAUCAGCCAUCAUCUGCAUAUGUUACAAGCUGAAUUUUGAUGGAAACCUAUUAAUGUAUUUAAAGAGUGAUGUUAGAAAUUCUAUGUGCCUGUAAGUACCUUCCAUCCAGUAGCUGGUACUGGCUCAAGAGCUUUGCACAUAUGGUUUAUGUGGUUCUUAGGAUAACUGUAGUGAGCCGUCUGGCCUGGGGCCAGUACCUUGUCACCUGUGGCCAGCUAGCAAAAGUAGGCAUCAUUCCAGAGAGGAGGAGGAGGAGAUGUCUUUGUCAUACUCACACGGUGUGACAAAGUUUGUGAAAGACACAAUUAUACAAAGAUUGUGAAACACACCAUUUAUGAAUAAUAAUAAACAUCCUUUACUAAGUUCUGCACAAUUCUCUAAUAACGUUUUGUGAGAUUUUUGCCAAGUUCUUGUAUCUAAAGGUUGGAAUGAUGAGAAACUAAGGCUCUCA